UGGUCCAUGUCGACGCCAGCUUACUCCUGCUGCUGCCACCUAAGCUUAGCUUUACAUCGCAGUCCGGCUGCUGUGAAUUGCCUGUUACGUGUAUAAAUUAGUCUAAUUAAACUGUUUUCUUGUGAUAAUGACGAACUGAAAGUUUUUUGGAUAAUUCGUGCAGUUAUCGUGUCAGAUGGAAGGAACUUCGCUCUGAACCAAAUUUCCUGGACUCGUGGCCCCGGAUAUUUGUUUCUUCGAUUUCUGGUUACUCUGACUGCGGCUGGAAGGAGUACUAAUAUAAUAUUUACAGCCGCAGGUUUAGGCUGUCAGACCACCCCUCCCAUCCAGAAGAAAAGCCUCGGGUGAGCAGAGCGACGUUGCCUUUUGCCUCAGCAUCUCACGACUGCAUCAUCUGAAUUUAAAAAUGAACAGAUAACAUCCAGCGUAUGCACUUAGCUUCAUUAAAUUUCACCAUUGCGCGAUCGAUUUUUCCCUAGGUAAUGCAUUAAUUUGAAACCUGAAAUAGAAGCAAAUUUUCUCAAACAUCUAAAAACUCAUCGAGUUAUUACACAAACAAUGAGCUGUUUUCAGCUGCUCAUUUCCUUUAAAACGCUGUCGUCGUUCUUAUAAUUUCAUCCAAACACUUUCAUACUUUCAUACAUAGUACAGAUGAUACAAACUUCACCGAAGUAGAACAGUUCACCAUAUGACCUCAGUUUCACCAAUGUUCAAAAUGCAAAUUUUCUUCGGCCCAGAGCGGAUCUAAAGUUCAAAGGAUCCCCUGAAGCUCAAGAUGGGUCGGCAUUCAAUACCAACCUGUCCCAUUAUCGAACACUUGGGCUCGGCUACAAGAGAUGCCAGUAAACGCCUUGAACCAAGAGCAGUUUCAGAGCGGUGCUUAAGCAAAAGAAAGGAUCAAUGUUCGUCGAAGCCUCAGCGAAUAAUGCCCGUUAAAGAAUUCUGCUCUCUUUCUAUGGACCUGCAAUCUGCUAAAUUUUAUGACAGACAAUCUUACUCACUAUACUCCAAAUUUGUUAAACUUGGAAAACAUCAUCUGCCAAGAGAGGAACUUACUUCUCACCAAGUGAUGGAAAAUGUGGAUGAGGAAGGGAGAGUAUUAAAAAGGGCGCCUCGCGUACGGCCAUUUCUUCGAAACAUGACACGAUCGUUGGCCAUCGUGCUUCUCUUGGUACUGCUACCUCUUUUCAUCGGAGAAGCGCAUGCGGAACCUGAGCCUGAGCCUGAGCCCAAGACGAAGACGGUGAGACAAUGGAAAGCAGUGGGUGACGUCAUACCCAUAUCAGAGGACGAGGAUUCUUACACCGAAAACAAACCCAGAUGUGACCGUCGUUACGUAAGUGGAGCCCAAAAGGAAGGAAUCUUCAGAGCGCCCGACAUUUACAAUCCCGAGAAAGUGUCGCGUCAGUGCCUGUACACAUUCAUCGCGGGGGAGGGCGAGCGCGUCAGACUGCAAUUCAACAGAUUCGACCUGCGCGGCACUCCGCCCGACGGGUCAACUUUGGGAGUAACGCCGGCAUGUUCUCACGAGUACCUGGAUAUCUUCACGGAGGCCACAGAUCCGAACAAAGACCUUCUCAAGACCCCUUUUGGAGGGCGAUAUUGCGGAAAGAUCUCGCCUCGACUGCGCAUCUCAUGGCACAAGACAAUCCAUAUCGCCUUCUUCACCGACAAUAAUAUCACUACGCCGGACCUAUUUUCUGGCACCUACAAGUUCAUUAAUGAUUCCAAAUAUUCCGUUGGAGUAAAAGCACCUGACCAAGACUGCGGCUUUGUGGUCAACGUGGACGUGAAGAAGCACGGGGAAUUUUUAUCCCCAACUUACCCCGGAGUUUACCCCAAGAACAUCACCUGCUACUGGAAGUUCGUGGGCAAACACGAUCAGAGAAUCCGACUUGAGUUUCGUGACUUUGAUCUCUUCUACGGUGGACCGCACUGCCCAUUUGACCACGUAAAGAUGUUCGAUGGUGGAGACACGUUCGCGCCACUUAUUGGCACGUACUGUGGACAACAGAGGAAUCUGGUGGUGUUCAGCAGCAGCAGCUCGGUGUUGGUCACGUUCAGCACCCUAUACCGUAUCGCUGAUACGCAAAACAGAGGCUUCCAGGGCAUCUUUAACAUCUCCGACAGCUACCUCAGACUCAAUUUCAUCAACGAGCACGACGCAGAACACAUCAGGGGCACAGAGUGCGACCAACGCAUCCUGAGCAAACGGACCAGCAACGGAACUGUGUUCAGCCCCAACUACCCCUACCUCUACCUGCCCAACAUAGUAUGCAGAUACUUCAUUUACGGGCUGCAAGAUUCUCAGAACCUGGAACGUGUCCGUUUGGAGUUCUUCGAUCGUUUCGACAUUCCUGCCACGCCGAAAAGCGGCAAAAAUGUUCAGACGACGGGCUGCACUGAUGGCUAUCUUCGCGUUUACCUUCGUGGCCAAGAAGUGCGAAGCGAAUACGACAAGCCUGACCAUGAAUAUUGUGGUCAAACAUUACCACACAGCGUCGUCGCCUUAGGUCCCAGAUUACUAAUGGUUUUCAGCAGCGGCAAGACAACUGGCACAGGAUUCAAAGCUCAUUACAAGUUUGAAACAGAGUACAAGAUCCCCGGGACAGCCUCGCCUGAUGGCCGGUGCGUGUUCUCGUACUUGAGUUCAAGCCAAAAGUCAGGCACGUUCAAUUCGCCCCGCCACCCGUCGAAUUACCCAUCGAAUACCACAUGCGAAUUCACUUUCAAGCCAGCGCACGAUGAGGUCGUCGAGAUCGUCUUCGUGACGUUCAAGAUCAGGAAUGAUAACCCGGGCACUGGCGUUGGAGUGCACCGCUGUCAAGAAGACUGGAUGGAGCUUUUUAACAUUUACAGGCCUCGAUACUCGGAAAAAGAGAGAGAAGUCCUCAAAGGCAGAUACUGCGGAGAGACUGCCCCCGGUCCGACGCAGAGCGAGCGCGAAGCUGUGGGACUGCGAGUGGUACUCCACACCGACCACUCGGGCGUUUACAGCGGCUUCGACGCCAUCUAUAUCUUCAAAAAGAAAGAGGAAACCUUUGGUGUGUGUGGGGGGAACAUUACCGAAUCUGAGUCAGGCGAGCUGCUGUCUCCUAACUUCCCCGAGAAUUACGGAGCGCCCGACAAGACGGACUCGUCUUACUGUGAUUGGUACAUCCAAGUCCGACCAGGCUACAAGGUUCUACUCUGGUUCCAGUCUUUCGCUGUUGAAGGAAAUCCAGAAGAGCGGGGCUGUCCCGCGGCCGCGGUGCGUGUAUGGAAACACGAGGACGACAUACCGGUGGACAUGUGCGGAGACGCCCUGCCGUCUGACCAAAUCCAAAUACUGUCCCAAGGCUCGGUGCUCAGGAUGACAUUCCUGGCUGCGGCCAGGGCUGUCGGUGCUAAAGGAUUCAAGGCCAUCUGGACUGAAGUGCUGGAUAGUCCGCAGUGCAACCAAUUCCUGUGCAAGUCAACUAACUUCUGCAUUCCGCGUUCCCUUCACUGCGACGGCGUGGCGAACUGCGGCCUCAGCGACUUUUCCGACGAGGAGCGAUGCGACAAGGCGCGCGGCGUUAGUCUGGUGAUGCUGACCAGCAUCGUGCUGGGCGUGUCGUCCUCCGUGACCCUAGUCGUCUGUCUCUGGUGCCAGAAGCGCAAGCUUAGCAAGAAAAAGGAGAACUCAAUGGCUCAUGUUCACGCAUAUGAAAAAGGCGCACGUUUCGCUGCAAUGGAUAUUGGGGACCGGAGUGUGUCGCCUGUGAUAGGCACCCGUAAGGCAACUCACCACCUGAGCCACGCCUCCCUGCGUAUGGAGGGCGUGGUAUGAGACCACGCCCAACAUUCCCCCACACAGCGUCCCGCUACCGCCAUCGGAGGCCACGCCUCCCCCCGCGGCAGUGUUGGUAGCGCACUCAUGGGGGGUGUUGGGCAACACAGUCGAUCCGGCCAUGUUACGCCUACCUCAGGAGGCCGCCGUGUUGAAUACAACGACUUUGGCGAGGUGGUGAACUCACGCCCGCACACUCCGGGCUUGACGCAGACAACGCACACCCAGACUCCCAUGCUGAACCAGAUCCAAGAAGACCACUACAUGCAUCACAUGCAGCAACAAGAAGACCGUCUGCUUCACCUCCUGCAUCACGACAUGGGCCAUGGCCUGCAAGACGAAGACAUGAUUCACCAUCACCACUUACAGCCACGCGACAUCGAUGCGGACGAUGCCGACCAGAUGCAGCAGGAUGACUACAACGAAGAAGAUAUUCAAGAAGAGCCGUUGGGGUUUACAUCCUCAGCUUCUAAGGAUCCGCUCAUGUGGUAAAGUGGCGUAUUCUUGGAAGAAUGCUGCGGUUGUCUUUCGGUGUUCAUCAAUUGAAAUGACACGAUUGUCACUCGACCGACUUGUCCCUUGUAUGGAAUGUCACUUGAAACAAAUGCCACUCGAGACUAACGUGGUUCAAUCAGAAUCAAAAUUGUUGAACUGUAUUAGCGAAUUAUGUAUGAUAGAAACAUUGAUUACAUUUUAGUCAAGCAUAAACUGCAUAAAGCUUAUCCCACAGACAUGCAUCACUUGCAUGGCUCUGUUGGAAAGCUUCUCUAAAAAAUGUUCGUAGCCUAACUUUUUUACAACCCACCUAAUUCAUAAAAACAACUUCAGAGUUAUUGAAGGACUAUAUUGUUGAGCAACACGAACGUUAAUUGAGUAUGUUGCAGAGUAUAGAGUUCUACUUUUAUAAUUCAUCUUAUAACGAACAUGUGAAUAUGGUAGUGAUACUUAGAACGGAAAAUGUUCUACUAGUGGAGAUAGUUUGCGAUUGUUACUCGCAAGUUUCCUUAGAACAGUUACUCCAUUUUUGGCCAGGCAUCCAUCCAAAGUCACGUAGUCGUUACUAUACUACGUAUGCCUCAAGCUCUCAAACAUGGUCACCUUCUCUUUCUCCAGUGCGAUCGCAGUUUGCAUUUACAUAUGCUGAGUAACAGAAUUUUAUCUAUUAUUCAGUCGAGGUUUUUGCAUGCAUCAGACUCCAUCAGGUAGGACGCAGUUUCAUAGAUUUAGAAUUGAAAGAGCAACUUCAAAGCCCUCUCUCCGUUGGUCGAUCUCAACUGAAAGUGCAAAAUUACACAGUCAGCUUUUUUCACCGUACGUAUUACCAUGAGAGAAACUUUAUUAUAAGCUGCGACUAAUAAUUAUAAUUUAAGAAAACUUCAACGUCUCUUUGUGAACACACUUGUACACAGUUUCAAAUCGUAGAAAGAAGACUAAAUUAAGAGUUAUUUUGUUCAUUAAUAGCUAAAUUGCAUAAUCUCAGUUAUCUAUUCAUCAGGGGAGUUAAAUUUCUCGCGAAUCACUUUGGGAUUUGUUUUGGAUUUGGUGCAUAAUAAUUGCAUUAUAACGAGUAUUUAUGAUGGAAGCACAUUUGAACUUGCCAUGGGUACUCCAUCUUGACUUGCAUGAUAAUCCAUUGUAUAUCCUAAUAACCGUCAAUCACUAUCAUAUAUUUUAUAUUAAUGAGCUGCAGUAGCCGCUAUUUAAGACCUGCGUACUCUGGUCAGUCUGUAUUUUCAUCACUGCUUUCGUGUGGCCUGCAAGCUGUAAUGUAACGGCUUGCUCUCCUAUGUAUGUCUUAAUUAUAUGAUUUAAGGUGGAGCGUUAAGAAAUAAGAUCUCUUAUUUAGUUAUAAUCGAGCUUCAGAUGGGACUAUAAUCUCAGUGCUUUGCAGAAAGGCUUAUGAAGUGUUUAUAUAAAUCGUAAUCAUUUAGAGUCUGCAAUUGAGGCACAGAAAACAUUUUUGUGCACUCGCUAAUUCAUCCUACAAUCUAUACUCCCUUGUCUGACAUUGUACUGAUUUGAAGAUUACUUUUAGUACUGUGAAAAAUUGAGUGUGAACUCGGAUAAUACAAGUUCAGAAUAAUUGCUGAACUAAAUAGUUUCUCAACAAUUAUAUAAAUUAAUCUAAGCUAAUAAUAAUAUUCUAGAGUCUCUUCCACGAUGAAAAAGUUCCUAUGUACCAGUGUAUCCGUUUCUGUUCAGAUUGUUUGUCUAUCAAAGAAGCAGCGAGCCACCAUUUCAAAGCGCUUUUUUUUGUUUAGCUUGCUGAAUUGCGUUUUAGCUUGCCGGAAUUAGAAUAAUUUAUCUAGGAACAGUAUUUCAAAAAAUGAACUCGAUUGACAAAAUAUUCAACGACCUGAUCCAAGUCACCAAGUUUACCUUCUCCUGAUUCGAAGCGCGUAAAAAUAGGUAGUAGACAACGGUAAUAACUACGCAUUACAAAUGAUACUAAUUAAAAUAAUUUCCCAUUUUUCUUGUCAAUAAUAUUCUAAUCUGCAUAAAUUUGAAGAAAAAAUGCGAGAGAUAUGACGUGUUAAUCGUUCGACUCAAGCCUGGACCCUCCAGAGACAUCGAAAACAGUAUUUCUGGUUGAUUUUAGCAGUACCCAGGAAGUAUUAUUUGAAAAUUAAAUGAUUAUUUCCCCUUCGUUGUGAUGAAUAAAUG